AUGGCGGAUUUGAACCCCUUUGAUUUGCUUGGUGAUGAUGAUAACGAUGAUCCAUCAAAGCUGAUUGCUAUUCACCAGCAAAAAGUUGAUCCGGCGAAGAGAGCCUCAGCUCCGGCGGCUAAGAAGCAGCCGGCGAAGCUCCCCACUAAGCCUCCUCCCCCGACUCAAGCUGUCAGGGAGGCAAAAACAGAAUUUGGACGUGGUGGAGGUAGAGGUGGUGGACGUGGCUACAGCCGUGGUCGUGGUGGAGGUGGGUUCAAUAGGGAAGCAUCCAACAAUGAGAACUUUUCUCGCAACAGAGAAUUUUCAGGUGGUAUAGCUGCACCUGAAUACAUGGAAGGAGGAAGACCCUCCGAAAGACGUGGUGGUUAUGGUGGACCCCAUGCUUUCCGUGGUGGUAGACCAGGUGGUUUUGGUAAUGAAGAAAUGCCCGAGGGGGACCGGCCUCGUAGGACAUUUGAACGCCGUAGUGGUACUGGCCGCGGAAAUGAGAUAAAGCGUGAAGGUGCUGGCCGAGGAAAUUGGGGAACUGAAGCAGAUGAAGUUACUCAGAUGACUGGUGAAGUUGCUGAUGAAGGUGAGAAAAAUCUGAAUGUGGAGAAACCCUCCACCGAAGAAGAAGCAGGAGACGACAAGAAGGAAAAUCCAGCUGCUGAAGCUGAGGACAAGGAGCCUGAAGAUAAGGAGAUGACCCUUGAAGAGUAUGAGAAGUUGCUAGAAGAAAAACGGAAGGCUUUGCAGGCGCUUAAGACUGAGGAAAGGAAGGUCGACACCAAAGUAUUUGAAUCCAUGCAACAGAUUUCAAAGAAACCCAGUGAUGAAAUCUUUGUCAAAUUGGGAUCCAAGGAUAAGAGAAAAGAGUCUGCUGAGAAGGAAGAGAAGGCAAAGAAGGCUGUCAGCAUUAAUGAGUUUUUGAAGCCUGCUGAGGGCGAGAGGUAUUAUGCACCUGGUGGUCGAGGUCGAGGGCGUGGCCGCGGUUCUAGAGGUUACAGUGGAGCCAACACAAUGAGCAAUGUGGAAGCUGCUCCUCCCAUUGAAGAUCCAGGUCACUUCCCUACAUUGGGUGGCAAGUGA